GGGGCGUGGGCUGUACACACGCUCCUGGAUCCAUGUAUGUGGUGCUCAUUGCUUGUCCGUAAUAGAAAGGGACCAGUCGUGAGUGUGUCUGUGUGUCGUUGUGGUGUUCACGCUUGCGUAUAAUCUCCCAGGGCUUGGUGGUGACUUUGGUGCCUUAAAACUACUCGACUUGAGAAAACGCGGAAUAAGAAAAAACAACUCGACAUAAAAACAAGAAGAAGAAAACAUGGAGGUCCAAGCGUCAGGAAAAGCAAUUUACAUCACCUUAAAAGUCUUCGAGAUUGUCUUCGUCAUCAUAGCCAUCGCAAUCUACCAGUCCUUAGUGGACACGAUCCCGAUAGACGACACGUACGGAGGAAUUUUCUUCUGUGAUGGCUCCCUCUUCAUGGCGAUCGUCAUCACUCCUUUGAUGCUGAUUUUCGGCGUCAUUGGCCAGAGCAAUGGGCCCAUGUUUGAGGCAGCCUUGAACCUCGUCUUCGGAAUCUUCCUCAUCGCCACGGGCAGCUUGGCAAUCGACCUGUACAGAGUGCGGGCCGUUCACGAACCAUUAGCCUGUGGCUCCAUGUGCAUUCUGGCAGCUAUAUUCUACCUGGGAGACUGCGCCUACUCGUCGUACUUGGCAGCGAAGAAUUCUGGCGGUUUCACCACUAGCACACGCAAUGACGUCAAUCGCGGGAUGUCGAAUGAGCCUGCUGACAAAGAUGCAGGCUCAUAAGAAGCUGCUAAACCCUCGAGUCCAGUGGGUGUGGGUGAGACCGGAGAAGGUAAAAUUCCAUAGAAAAAAAAAAAAAAAAACCCUAACUUCAACAGUUGUAGAAGCUACUGCACCACUGAGGGUAGAAUGUUGAGUUGCACUGUGUAGGAUGUAGUUGGUGAAGGGUUCGAAAAACUAUUAAAAGACUAAUAGUAGUAAUAAACUAUUUGAAUCCCUG